UAUGCGAUAAUGAUAAUGAUAUGCAGUUGCUGAUGUAGGUCUGUCUAUUAUAAAAAAGGACGGAGGGGGGGUGUUUGGUUCGUUCUAUGUCUUACCUUCGACAUAUUACAUGCUAUGCUGCCAUACCAUCCUCUACACUAAACAACUAUCACCACAAUGCGCAUUCAUCUCCUCACUCUAUCAACCCUCCUCCCUGCCGCCUUUGCGCAGCAAUCCGGCUGUGCGGAGGACUGCCAAUCUUGCGGCUGGUAUUGCAACCAAGGUUGCAGCGCACCGCUAGUAAGCAGCGACUGCAACCGAUGUCUUUACUGCCGGCGUGAAAGCUCUUCGUGCGGGUUUAUAGAUAUCGGCGACACGUGGACACAAGACCCGCCGAGCAAAGAGUUGUGCGAUGCUUGCGAUGAGGGAUGCUGGUGUCAUGGUGACUGGUAUUGCGCGGACAACGCCACGGGGCCUCCUCCACCCUCCCCUCCUACUACUACGCCAAAGGCAACUGUAGCUAAAGCCACGGAAUUACCUAAACCUUAGGAGAUCGUAGAGGGAAAGGGAAGAAGGGGAAGGGAGAAUGUGGUGCUCGUAUGGUUUUGGAUAUAGGUAUAACGAAA